UCUGGGAGGAGAAGCUACCAUCAGAUGUAACUAUCCAGAGGACCAUGAGGACAACAUCAAGUAUUUCUGCAAAGAAGACAGUGAAUCUGACUGUGAAAACAAGAUAUCAGAUACAUAUCAUGAAAAACCUAGAAGAUAUUCUCUUUCUAAGAGAAGAAGAGAGAGAUUCUCCACAGUGACCAUCAGUGACCUGACUGAAGAUGAUACUGGGACCUACUGGUGUGGAGUAGAAACCAGCAGGACAGAACAACGUUACAUUACACUGAUCACACAGGUGAAGCUGCUUGUUAUAAUGAAACCAACUAACACCACAACAACAACAACAACAGCACCACCAGACCCACCCACAACCACCUUCAUCUCACUAUCAUCAUCAUCAUCAUCACUCAACGGAUCUGGAACCUCAGUGGUCAUCAUGGUGUCUGUUAGUCUGGUAGUGUUACUGCUGCUGAUCUGCCUGUUCAUAGUCUACAGAUGGAAAUACAACAAGGUCACAGGAUCUGUCUCUUCAACACACAGAGUGAGUCCAGACACAGUAAACAAUGAAGGGGGUUGUCAUGGUGACGGUGACUAUGAGGAGAUAAUGGAGCGCCCCCUACAGUCAGACUCACAUGCUGCGAUCUCCACCAUCUACGCCACCGCCAACUUACCCACAAGCUACUCUGACUCUCCCCAUUACGCCAGCGUCAACUUCCACAAGAACCCCAGUAGCCCCAACGAAGCAACUGCCACCAUCACUAACGAGGGCAGCUGCCCCAAUGAGGACAUCGCUGCCAUUACUAAUGAGGGCACUUCAUCAUGUGACUAUGCUACUGUGAACUGUCAAAGCCCCACCUACUCUACUGUCAAUCAUCCACACUGUUCCUCUGAGGCUCCUCCCAUCUCCUCCACGGGCAGCAUACCCAUAUACACUUGAGUCACUGGCAACCAAUCACAAGAUACAUACACUCACAGUCUACUUCCUGUUCUCUCAGUGACAGUGAGUUUGCAUGUCUUGCCCUGUUGAACGGAGGUGUCACUUUAUGGAAAAUGUACAGAAAAUGCCCUGCACAAAACUGACAGUGAUAUAGGGGUGGAGUCAACAAACUCCGCCUUCGCAGUUUAAACUGUUCAAUAUGAGCGCAGCCACCCAGUAGAUGAUGAUGAUGACGAGCAUUAUAAUAAUUAUAAUUAUAAUUUUAUUGUGAUGUUAUUUUAUCUUAAUAAUUGUAUUUAUGAUUGUACAUUCUUAACUAAAUAAUAACAUCUGACAUCUCUAGACCGUUCCUCCUGACAACAAAGAUAGGGGGGAAUGGGAGUAAC